AUGAGGACCGUGAAUGAAAACAAGGAGGAGACUCCUGGCUGUAACGCCAUGGAGGAGAAUAAGGAGGAGAAUAACUUGAAAACGGCCAGGAUAUGGAGGGAUGCAGCCCUCAGAUCCAGGAAACUGCGAAGCAACCUGCGCCAGCUCACCCUGUGCUCUAAAAACAACCUGGAGAUCAUACUGCCAGAUGAUAUAGCCGAGAUAGAGGUGCUCAAUCUCGGAAACAAUUUCCUACAAGCGCUGCCCGAAGGCCUGGGGUCCACUCUUAACAACCUCCGGGUGCUUAUUCUCAGGAGGAAUAAGUUCACUAAUGUACCUGGAGUCGUCUUUGAGCUUGGGCAGUUACUUGAACUGGACAUGAGCCACAACUGCUUAAAAUACUCAUGUGGAGACGUGGAAGUGGAGGAGAAAAGCCUGGACAUUCACAGACAGAUCGGUCUCCAGGAACACACUGACAUGGAGAAUCUGAGAGGUCUCAUUCAGCAGGUGGACCUGGCUUUGGAGCAAGGCUUCAAUGUCCGCUCUUUAAGCCCUCAUAUCCCUUUUUAUGGUGUGUCUGAUAGGAACCUACGGCGCAGGAAAUCCCAGCUACAGUACAUGAUGAACCACAGACUCCAGAUUCUGUCUCCUGUUCUGUCUGUUAGCUGUACCUCUGCGCAGCAGAAUAUCCAGAGGCUACGGGACAAACUCACGUCUGUUGCAGACCACAGAGACAUUUUCCCCAAUCUCCAUCGCGUGCUGCCUAAGUCUUGGCAGAUGCUGGAGGAACUGCACUUUAAACCCAAAGAUCUGUGGCUGUCCUGGUGGGACUCUGCUCGUCUGGGCCUCCAGGCCGGCCUGACAGAGGACCGCUUACAGAGCGCUCUGUCCUACCUACAUGAGAGUGGGAAACUGCUCUAUUUUGAGGACAGUCUUACUCUGAAAGAAUAUGUUUUCCACAAUCUUCCCAGAUUCAUAGCCAUUAUAAACGUUUUUUUCCAGAGGGAUGAAUCCACUCUUUUGGACAGACUUCUGUCUGAGGGUGAGAGAGGGGAGAAAGGCAGAGUGAGCCUGGUCAUAGAGGAUGAGAAAGGAGAGAGUCUUAGGGUCGCACAUCUGCAGCAUUUUGUGGAGGGCUUCCUUCAAAACGGCCUUCUGCCCUCCAUUGUUAUCCGUCUGCUUCUGAGACCACUCAUCCAGACCCAGCAGGACCUUCACCUCAUUAUGCAACUCCUGGAGAAGAUGGGAAUCUGCUACUGCAUGAACAAAGCCCGCAACAAGCCUCUUAACGGAGCCACUGUGUGGUACAGGUUUCCCAGCUACGUCAGCAGAGACUUCCCCAGCAGCACAGAGGCCUCGGUCAGUGGAGGCUCCUUCUGCCAGUUCUUCUCUGUGGAGCAGCUGAAUGUUCAGUACUGCUUUCCAGUUUUAUUUCCUCCAGGGCUGUUUGAUAGAUUCAGUGUGCAGAUAAACAGCCAUGUCGUCCAAAGGUCCGAUGGAAGGCACCAAAUCUGUGCAUUUCGUGGUAAAGUCCCUGUGGUAAUAAGCCAUCAUCCACCAAAGGGAAAACGGAUAGAAACAUUGUCCAUCGUCAGCCAUGCUUCCCUGCCAAACAUUUGGACUGCGUGGCAAGCCAUCAUGCCCCUGGUGGAAGAGCUGAACAUGUUGCUUCAAGAGUGGCCUGCGCUCCUCUACUCGGUGCAUAUCCUGUGUUCAAAGUGCCUCAAAAGAGGGUCAUCCAGCCCACAUGCCUUUCCAGGUGAACUUCUAAGCCAACCUCGACCGGAGGGACUGACUGAGAUCAUCUGUCCAAUCGGCACAGAGCGUGUGAAUGUAGCACUGGUCUACCCUCCGACUCCCACCGUGGUCAGCCCCUCUCCCAAAUAG